GAUGAUAAAAAUGAAUGGGUUUCCAGAGUGGCUGAAUCGAACACUUCAACGGACGAUAGUUCUGUGCCUAAACAGGGUGAAUAUGGAUUUGAGGGCGAUCAUCAUACUUACACCGAUGCCGAGGGUGUCGUUUAUAUUUGGGACACAGAAAAAUCUGCAUGGUUCCCGAAGGUAGAUGAUGAGUUUAUGGCUAGGUAUCAGCUUAGUUACGGAGUAAAUCCUCCAGAAAGUAACGCAGAACAAACUAGUGUAAAUGAGCCAAAGGAAUGUCGUGAAUCUGGUGCAGAAAAAAUGACAAAGGAAGAAGCUUCCGACAAAGCAUCAGAAGGCAAAAAACGUCCUGCGCCACAAGAACCUGCAUGGUUUGAUAUACCUAAUGAACAAAAUACAAAGGUUUACGUAACUGGUUUACCAGAAGACAUCACGGAAGAGGAAUUUGUAGAAGUCAUGUCUAAGUGUGGUCUUGUUGAGCGUGAUUCUAAAACUCAGAAAAUGAAAGUGAAAAUCUACAUGGACAGUAAUGGUUAUCCAAAAGGAGAUGCUCUUUGCACGUACAUAAGAGUAGAAUCUGUUGAAUUGGCUCUUAACCUUUUGGAUGGUUCAGAUGUACGGGGUCAUCGUAUUGGGGUGCAACGAGCUAAAUUUGAAAUGAAGGGUGAUUAUAAUCCUGCUCUGAAGCCAAAGAAGGCGCGCAAAAAGGACAAAGACAAGCAAAAGAAAAUGAAGGAAAAGCUUUUCGAUUGGCGUCCAGAGAAAAUGCGCGGAGAACGUUCGAAGCACGAACGAAUUGUCAUUUUACGUAAUUUAUUCGAACCGAAACUAUUUGAUGAGCACGUUGAGUUAAUUUUAGAAUUCCAGCAAGAUUUGCGAGAAGAGUGUUCUAAACUUGGAGAAGUUAGACGUGUGGUUUUAUAUGAUAGGCAUCCAGAAGGAGUUGCCCAAAUAACUAUGGCUGAGCCCGAACAAGCUGACGCCGUUGUCGCCUUGAUGAACGGUAGGUGGUUCAAUAAACGACAACUGAAAGCAGAAAUCUGGGACGGUAAAACAAAAUUCAAAAUUGGAGAAACCGACUCAGAGAUAAGUCAGCGUUUGGAGGGUUGGGAUAAAUUUUUGGAGGGCGAAGAAAAGAGGAGAAAGAAAUAA